CGGGCUGCUCCCGCCGCUGUCCCUGCUCGUGGCGCUCGGCUGCAGCUGGGCGGGGGCUCCCGGGCGUGGAGCGGCGUCGCGGCCGCCCGUGGUGGUUGUAGCGGAGCCCAGGCAGACGCGCUGUGGGCUUGGCGGCGGGCGCGGGUACCCCGGGGCUGGCAGGGGACAGCCCGGCCCGGCGGGUUCGGGUGUUUUCGUCCCUCGGCCCCGCCGUCCCCCACCUCGCAGGGGACGCACAGAGAAAUAAAAUGCUCGGUAACGCGCACUGACGGUGUCCAUAGGCGAGGUGUCGGCAUAGAGGCGUGCUAAGCAUGGAGGGAGAUGAAGAGGAAGACUAUAUGUCUGAUUUAUUUCUUAAACAGGAUGUCAGGCCAGGCUUGCCCAUGGUGAGGCGGGUGAAGGAAGCUAUUCAGAAAGAGGAAAAGCAAAAAGAAGCCAAUGAGAAGAACAGACAAAAAAGCAUAAAAGAAGAAGAAAAAGAGAGACGUGACUUGGUACUGAAAAGUGCAUUGGGCAACGAGAACAAAGGCUUUGCUUUGCUCCAGAAGAUGGGCUACAAGAGCGGCCAGGCCCUUGGCAAAAGUGGAGAAGGCAUUGUUGAACCUAUUCCUCUGAACAUAAAAACAGGCAGAAGUGGGCUUGGUCAUGAGGAAUUAAAAAAGAGAAAAGCUGAAGAAAAACUGGAAAACUAUAGACAAAAACUCCAUAUGAAAAAACAAGCAAAUGAACAAGCUGCAGAUCAGUUCAGAAUAAGAUUCAAAACCAAACAAGAAGAACGUAAGAUGGAAGGGGACCUGCGAAAAAGCCAGAGGGCCUGCCAGCAACUAGAUAUGCAAAAAGAUAUUGAUGUUCCCAAGGAGACUUGGUUUUGGAUAGAACCUGAAGAGGAAGACAAAAAGGAUGAGGAAGAUGAAUGCACAAGCUCAGACUUAAGUGUGUCAGAAAAGCUGCACAUCCUGACGGCCUAUUUGAGAGAGAAGCACUUCUAUUGCAUUUGGUGUGGAACAACCUAUGAAGACUCUGAAGAUUUAUCUUCAAACUGUCCUGGAGACAGUGCUGCAGAUCAUGACUAAAGCCAGUCUAAAGGAAGAAGCCCUAGAUAACAGGGCUUGGCAACACUAGAGUUUGUCAUGUUCCAUUAAGUGAAAUUCUUUCUGACCUAAUGGAGCAGCUGAAGACCAUCCUAGGACUUUGCAUCCACAUAACUUUCCCACCUGCCUGCAGAGCACAAGAUUUUUAUAGUUUGAGGAAAUGGUGCUUUUCCAACUGUAAACACCAUGGAACUGCGCAUGCAUUUGCAGUCAACUGUGAGCAGGAACAGAAGAUCUGAGGAAGUACUGCAAGGUGGCUGGAGAGAGCCAAGUUGAACAGACACACUGGUAUGAUCUUCUCAUACUGGCAAAAGGAUCUGGCUGUUCAAAAGCUGAAUCCAACCACAAUUACUUUGGACAAGAUACCCAGCAGCUACAUCACUGUCCUACCAAUAUGCAGGUUUGCACAUAAAAAGCUCAACGCACAUACAGGAUACCUUUUUUAACAAAGCUUAAGUAACAUGGGCUUUCUUUUUGAAAUAAUAUGUUUCACUUAAAGUAACAUGUUCCAAAUCACUUUUGUUUUCAUCUUGGAAAACUGCAAGGCUUUUGAUUUGGUAGAAACUCUUCUUGCUCCACUGUGCAGUGAAGACAAGAACAUGGCAGAGACAAAACUCACCCAUCCAUAAUUUUUGUUUUCUAAAAUUAGAAAAACAUUCCCUUUAAGUUUCUGAUCCAAGAAAAAAUAUAUAAGAAACUUGACAUCCUUUUUUGCAUGACAUGAUCCUUUAGCAUGCUUGGGCUUUGGUGUAUAUGUAGUAGGACAGAAGUGGAAUAAACUGUAGUAUUUCCCUCAGUUAUGACAUUUCAACUGAGGUAUGAGGAUUUACAGGCUUUAUGGAAAUGAAUUAAGGAAAAAGAUGUAAAUAGAGAUAUUACUCAAGUUUAAGAGAUUCCUUCUAGAACUAUCAAUAAGUGAUACCAGCUAUCAAUACCAGAUAUCAAUAAGUGAUAUCUAGCUAUCAAUAAGUGAUACCAGAAGCAAGGCAAAACAACAACAGUGGGCGUUUUUAAAUUUAAG